AUGUCUCAAACGCCAGCCCAAGAGCAACAGUCAUCGCCGCGCAAGGCGUCGGCCCCUUCUUCGCCUGCCAAACUUGCACCUUCUGAUAUCAGGUCGGGUACGGACGAUCCUCUGAGCCAGUCUCCGUCAACAGACCCCAAUCUUCUAUCCACCCGUCCUGCUCCUAGAUCCCCAGCCUCCUCCCGCCCUUCAUCGGCCGUCUUUUCUCGAUCUUCAUCGGCGCCCCCUUCUCGCAACUCUUCACCUGCCGGCGCGGGAAGGACUCGUAGUGGAUCUUCGGCUUCGAAUGCGUCCCGAACCAAGCGGGCGUCCAGCAUCAAGCGAAAGAGUUUGCUGGCCAAUGUGACUCUCCCGGACGACGGGCUGUCUGGCAGGGAUGAGAGCGAGGGCGUGCCUACCACUAUACCGGAGCAUGAUCAGGUGCAGGCUGAUGGUACGGGAGCGCAUCUCGCCCCAGAUUCUUCUGAGCAUUUGGGAGAGAAGGCGGAUGACGAGAAGCCCGUCAAGGCUCAACAAUCGCCCAAAACGCCGGUCCUUCCUUACAUCGUGCGCGACUAUGCGUACAACGUGUCCGAUGAUCGACACCGGGGCAUACAUGAAGAAGAGGUUUGGGGCAGCCCUCACGAGCAGGACACUGCUUGGGGGCAGGCUCGCGCCGCUCCUGAAGACGAAGAUGAAGAUACUCAGCACGCAGGGGGAUGGGGAAGCUUUGGAGGCUUCCUCGGCUGGAGACGACGCUUCAGCAGUGGUCAGGAGGGCGAUGAUCAGCAGGAAGAGGCAGACGAGGUAGAGACCGUGGACGUCGGGGCCGGGCAAAUCCCUGGCGAAGAGUACUAUACGACACCGCCUCUGUCCGAAGCCGACCUGGGAUACUCAUACAACGUGCUGCCUCCCCUCGACCCAUCCGUUGAACCGACUGGUCUGCAUCGCGUCGCCUACACCUUUGAUGGGAUGGGCGCCAGCGAGAUGUCUGUUGACGAAGGAGAUCUGCUGUAUCUUUCAGGACGAGGCAACGGCAACCCUGGAUGGGUCAUUGCGAGGAGGAUGCAUGUAGAGCUUGGCAAGGUUGAAAAGGGCGACGCGGUGGGCUUGGUGCCCGAGUCGUAUCUGGAGCGGGUUGAAGUGUACGAUGUGGAAGAGUAG